CGACAACAGAAAAUGGCUCAGAGAGUCGGAGGAGUAAAGAGAGUGAAAGUCUCUCCCGCAACUCUACAUCUUCCCGUUGUCUUCCGUCGCGAUGGAUUGCGUUUCCAUCGACGAAACUGUUCUUCUAAUCGAAAACCAAGGCUCCGGAUUGUUGCUCAGAAAUGGAAACUGAACGACAUCGACACAAAUGCGGUGCAAGAACGGUUUAGUAAGUGGGUGUCUAAAUCACAAAAGUAUCUUAGCGACGUAGCUUCUCCGUUGAUUAAAAAGAGGCAGAGUCUCAAGGUUGAUCUUGAGGACGAACAUGAUUUUGAAGACUUGGAGGAGCUUCUUACUGUUGAACAAACGGUUCAAAGUGACACACCUAAAGGAUCUUUUUCUUUUGAUGCUAUCAUCUCUAUUGAGCAGUUUAGCAGGAUGAAUGGAUUAACUGGGAAGAAGAUGCAGGAUAUAUUUGAAACACUUGUUCCUCCAGCUACAUCUACCAAUGCUAGAUACCUUGUGGAAUACUGCUGUUUUAGGUUUUUAUCAAGGGAUAGCUCAGAGUUUCAUCCCUGUCUCAAGGAACCUGCUUUCCAGAGGCUAAUCUUCAUCACAAUGCUUGCGUGGGCUAGUCCAUACUGUAAAGAAAGAAAUUAUGCGCGCAGUGGUGUCUCAAAGAAACCUUCUUUUCAGAUCAGCACUGAUGAGUGGUUGUCGGUGUUGAAGGGACGCUUUGUUGAGGAAGAGGCAUUUGUUCGUAUUGCUCCAGCAAUUUCAGGCGUGGCUGAUAGAGCUACAGUACAUAAUCUUUUCGAGGCCCUAGCUGGUGCCAGUGAUCAAAAAGGCAUUUCUUUGGAGAUUUGGCUUGCUUACAUCCAGGAACUUGUCAAAAUACACGAGGGACGGAAGUCAUACCAGACUACAGAAUUUCCGCAGCUGUCAUCAGAGAGACUUCUAUGCAUGGCCUCCAACAGGAAAGGGCCUGUUUUAAAAUGGGAGAAUAACGUUGCGUGGCCUGGAAAAUUGACUUUAACUGAUAAAGCUCUCUACUUCCAGCCAAUUGAUAUAAAGCGCAGCAAAGGGAUCAUAAGACUUGAUCUCGUAGGGGAUAAGUCAUCCGUGGAGAAAGCAAAAGUGGGUCCUCUGGGGUUUUCCCUCUUUGAUUCUGCAGUAACUGUUUCAUCCGGCCCAGGGAAUUCCACUUGGGUUCUAGAGUUCGUUGAUCUAGGAGGUGAUCUGAGACGAGAUGUUUGGCAUUCGAUUGUCAGUGAAGUUAUAGCGCUGCACACGUUUCUACGAGAAUUUGGGCCAGAAGAGAAUGAUAAAUCACUGUUUCAAGUUUUUGGUGCAAAGAAGGGUAAAGAAAAGGCAAUUGCAAGUGCUUCUAACUGUAUUGCAAGACUUCAAGCUCUUCAAUAUAUGCGGAAUUUGCCAGAUGAUCCUAUCAAACUAGCGCAAUUCUCUUUUCUCCGACAAGUAGCUUAUGGAGACAUCGUGUGUCAAACUCUAGCUGUCAAUUUUUGGGGUGGACCAUUAGUGACAAAAGUUGCAAACACGGUUUAUAACCGAGGUAAUAUGGCCAGGACUUCAGGAGAGUCCUAUGAAAGUUUUGACAACGCCUCUGAUCUUGAUGGAAGUGUCUACCUGAAAAAGUGGAUGAAAUCUCCUUCCUGGGGUUCAAACGCAUCUAUUAACUUUUGGAAAAGUUCUUCUCUAAGACAAGGCUUGAUUCUGAGCAAAAACCUUGCCGUCGCUGAUCUCACAUUGAUAGAGAGAGCAGCAGAAACAUGCAGACAAAAAUAUAAGGUGGUAGAAAAAACUCAAGCCACUAUUAAUGCUGCAACCAUCAAAGGGAUACCCAGUAACAUUGAUCUCUUCAAGGAACUCAUCCUGCCUCUGACUAUAACUGCCACAAAGUUUGAGAAACUCCGGCGAUGGGAGGAACCUUAUAUGACGGUCUCUUUUCUAGCAUUUGCAUCAACAAUAAUUUUCAGGAACCUUUUGCAGUACGUUCUUCCCGUGUCUUUAAUGUUUUUGGCAACUGGGAUGCUUACGUUGAAGGGACUCAGAAGACAAGGGCGUCUUGGAAGAUUGUUUGGAAUGGUAACCAUUCGAGAUCAGCCAUCUUCAAAUACUAUUCAAAAAAUUAUUGCUGUUAAAGAUGCUAUGCAAGAUCUGGAGAGCUGUCUCCAGAACGUGAAUGUUGUGCUUCUCAAACUACGGUCAAUUGUACUAUCUGGUCAUCCUCAGGUAGCGACGGAAGUAGCGCUGGUUUUGAUAUCUAUUGCAACGGUUCUAGUCAUAGUCCCAUUCAAGUAUGUUCUGGCUUGUGUUCUCUUCGAUCAGUUUACUCGGGAGCUAGAGUUCCGGAAAGAAAUGGUCAUGAAAUUCAGAGCUUUACUACGGGAACGUUGGGAAAUGGUACCAGCAGCUCCUGUCCUUGUUUUACCAUUUGUAAAUGAAGAGUCUACACCUCCAACACAAGGAAAACAAGCAGCUCAGAAAACCAACACAGAUAGGUGAUAGAUAAAGACAGUGGCACAUUGUAUAAUGUUGUGUUAUUUGCAUGUAUUAGAUACACGAGUUGCUCAACCAGUACAAUCCUAGGAGCGACAAAUAUCAAAUGUAGUGAAGAAUGAUUCUCUGGUUGGUAAAUGUAUAUGAUAAGAACAGUCCUAUAAAUGUUAGUUAUGUAUGAAUCUCAUGUAGUUAUCUCCAGUUUAGCUCUUCAAUGGCAGGUAAAAG